AUGGCCGACAUCCUGAGUAUCGGCGGUGAGUCGAUCUUCGACGAGCGCAUCGUCGGAAUAGAGACUCACACGUAUAACCCGUACGUCAACACGACGUUCGGACACAACGACGAGAUACGAAUACCCAUACAGCAGCAGGAUCUGUAUACACUGCCGUGCGAAAGUUUCCUGUACGUCGAGGGACGACUCAACGACGACGGCGCGACGAAUGGGGAAGAAUACGCGAAAUUAGUCAACAACUGCGUCGCGUUUAUGUUCGACGAAAUUCGUUACGAGCUCGACGGCGUGGAGAUCGACCGGUGUAGAAACGUCGGCAUAACCAGCACGAUAAAGAACUACGUGUCGCUGACCGUCGAACGAGCCAGAAAACUGCAGAACGCUGGAUGGAGUUAUCCGACGAGCGAAUCAAAUCUGAACAACGCGUCCCAUCAAUUCAAUUUUUGCGUACCUUUGAAUAUUCUUUUGGGUUUCUGCGAGGACUACAAACGCGUG